AUGCUGUUGGAGGCGGACAGAGAGAGACCUGGGGCCCCCGCGGCCCCCACAGUCUGCGCCCUCCGCGGAACCCGGGAGAUCCCGCUGUGUGCCGGCUGCGACCAGCACAUCCUGGACCGCUUCAUCCUCAAGGCACUAGACCGCCACUGGCACGGCAAGUGUCUCAAGUGCAGCGACUGCCACACGCCGCUGUCGGAGCGCUGCUUCAGCCGCGGAGAGAGCGUCUACUGCAAGGACGACUUCUUCAAGCGCUUCGGGACCAAGUGCGCCGCGUGUCAGCUGGGCAUCCCGCCCACGCAGGUGGUGCGCCGCGCCCAGGACUUCGUGUACCACCUGCACUGCUUCGCCUGCGUCGUGUGCAAGCGGCAGCUGGCCACGGGCGACGAGUUCUACCUGAUGGAGGACAGCCGGCUUGUCUGCAAGGCGGACUACGAGACUGCCAAGCAGCGGGAAGCGGAGGCCACGGCCAAGCGGCCGCGCACGACCAUCACCGCCAAGCAGCUGGAGACGCUGAAGAGCGCCUACAACAACUCGCCCAAGCCGGCGCGCCACGUGCGCGAGCAGCUCUCCUCCGAGACCGGCCUGGACAUGCGCGUCGUGCAGGUCCAUGAGCCCCCCAUGGCGGACAUGGGCCCUGCCAACGGGCUUUACAGCGGCCUGGGGGAGCCGGCCCCCGCACUGGGCCGGCCCGUGGGGGCACCGGGCGGCUUCGCGCUGGAGCACGGAGGCCUGGCCGGCCCGGAGCCGUUCGGUGAGCUACGGCCCGGCAGCCCCUUCGGCGUGGCCCCUUCCCCCGCCGCCCUGCCCGGCCUGCCGGGUCCGCAACCCCUACUCUCCAGCUUGGUGUACCCGGAGGCCGGCUUGGGCCUCGUGCCCUCGGGGGCCCCGGGAGGACCCCAGCCCAUGAGGGUCUUGUCGGGGAACGGACCCAGCUCCGACUUGUCGACAGGGAGCAGCGGGGGCUACCCCGACUUCCCCGCCAGCCCGGCCUCCUGGCUGGACGAGGUGGACCACGCCCAGUUCUGA